AGCUGCUGCUGGAUUUGCCCCGCCAUGUUAGAGCUCUCCUGGUGCCUUCUCGCGCUGCAGCUGCUUCUCUUCCUCUUCACGCUCCGCCGUGCCGCGCGGCCCGCGCCGCCACCGCCACCGCCGCCCGCACCGGUCGACGUCGAGGCGGCGGUGGCAGAGGCGCCGCGGGCGAAGAAGGGAAAGGGGAAGCGGCAGGUGGUUCACAUUCGACCGGAGGACCGACGUCCUCCUGCAGUUCCGCCCCAGGUGCGCCCCCUGCGCCCCCGCGCCGAUGCCCGUGUGGACCCGGCGCAGCUCGUGCUGGUUGCUGGUGCUGAAGCGGCACGUGGAGCGGCAAGGGCUGCGGUGCUGAUUUUGCCGGGAGGGAACUAUGACAACUGCAACUUGAGGGGUCCUUUGGAGGUGGCGCUUUGGCUCCAAAGCUUGGGCCUCGCGGCCUACAUCUUACGCUUUCGGCUCCGGACAGAGGGACAUUUCUGGCCGGCACAGCUGGAGGAUGGCUUGGAGGCGUUGCGCCUCAUCGGCGAGGAGGUGGCAAAACGGCCGAUCGGUGUGUUGGGCUUCUCUGCCGGAGGACAUCUGGCCUCGGUGCUCGCCACUCACCACCCGCAUUUGCUGGCCUUUCAUAUCCUCAUUUAUGGCUCGACUGAUGUGGUCUCCUCCAUGAGAGACGAUGAGCUUCGGCCAGGAAACGCCUGCUUGGGAUCCAUGGCUCACACGUUUGGGCUACCCGGGCAUUGACUUCAACACGGUGAAAGCGGUGAAUGCCCAGACGCCUCCAUUGUUUGCGGCCGUGAGCACGGAGGAUGAGAUCGCCUCCUACGGCCGAGCGUGUCUCCGGGCACAGGAGGAGAACACGCGGCCCUACGUGGACGCCUGCCGGCGGUGCCGGGUGCCAGUGGAGGUGGUGCUGGCGAAGAUGGGAUCGCAUGGGCAUGGGAUGGUGGAUUUGUGGACCAAGCCCUGUGAAGCGUGGUUGCGCGCCCACCACUGGGCUCCGAA